UAAAUCUUUUCUUUAUGUUACUUUAAACUCUUGGUUUUUAAUUUUUACCUUUUAAUUGAUUGUAUUUACUGCGAACUUUAAUUAGUUUAAUUGUUUUAUUCUUUUUAAUUUACAUUUUCUAAUUAACCAUGGAUGGAUUUGAUAACCCAGGUGUCUUUUUUAGUAACGUUUCCGGUGUUCAAGAUGGAGAAGAAGGUAAACAAAUGAAUCUCGCUGGAAUCAAAAGGAAAUUCAAAGAUUUUCUUAAACAAUAUCAUGAAGGGAAUAUGAUUUACAAAUACAGGGAUCUGUUACGAAGGCAGUUUAAUAUUGGCCAAUUUUGGGUUGAAAUUGCUUUGGAAGAUCUUUCCAGUUAUGAUGAAGAUCUUGCUACCCAAGUGACUAAAUAUCCUAUUGAAAGUCUACCUUUAUUUGAAGAAGCGGCUAAAGAGGUUGGAGAUGAGGUUACUCGUCCUCGACCUGCAGGUGAAGAGGAGGCUAAAGAUUUUCAAGUUCUUAUUACCUCUGAAGGUAAUUGUGUUUCUCUGCGAGAACUUAAAUCUGAUUAUAUUUCUAAAUUAGUAAGAGUCUCUGGUAUUGUAAUUGCUGCCUCUUCAAUACGAGCUAAAGCUACUGAAGUUGCUAUUCAAUGUCGUGGUUGUCGAGAUGUUGUUGCUAACAUUCCUGUUCGUUCUGGUUUGGAAGGUUUCUUGAUGCCUCGUAAAUGUAAUGGUGAUCAAACUGGACGAACAUUGAAAUGUCCAUUAGAUCCUUAUUUUAUUAUCCCCGAUAAGUGUAAAUGUAUCGAUUUUCAAACACUUAAACUACAAGAAGCACCAGAAGCAGUUCCCCAAGGUGAAAUGCCUCGACAUUUACAAGUUUACUGUGACAGGUAUUUGUGUGAACGAGUUGUUCCUGGAAAUCGAGUUACUCUUGUUGGUAUUUACUCUAUCAAAAAAAUUGCUUCCAUGAAAACCAAUGAUAGAAAAGCAAGUAUUGGUGUUCGAAAUCCUUACCUUCGAGUUGUCGGAAUUCAAAUUCAAAGUGAAAACUAUGGUCACCGAGCAGUUAUCCCUUAUACUAGUGAAGAGGAGGAAUAUUUUAUCAAUUUGGCCGCGAGUUCAAAUGUUUACGAAAGGAUUGUUAAAAGUAUCGCACCUUCAGUUUAUGGAUGUGAAGACAUGAAGAAAGCGAUUGCCUGUUUACUGUUCAGUGGAUCGAGGAAACGUUUACCCGAUGGACUGAAUCGAAGAGGAGAUAUUAACGUUCUGUUCCUUGGUGAUCCUGGUACAGCAAAGUCGCAACUUCUUAAAUUUGUCGAGAAAGUUGCUCCGAUUGCUGUUUACACUUCCGGAAAGGGAAGUUCAGCCGCUGGUUUAACCGCUUCGGUCACUAGAGAUCCAACCACUAGGAAUUUCAUCAUGGAAGGUGGGGCCAUGGUUUUAGCCGAUGGUGGUUGUGUUUGUAUCGAUGAGUUUGAUAAAAUGCGGGAAGACGAUCGAGUGGCCAUUCACGAAGCUAUGGAACAACAAACGAUCUCCAUUGCAAAGGCCGGUAUUACGACCACCUUGAAUUCUAGAUGUGCCGUUAUGGCAGCGGCCAACAGUGUUUUCGGUCGGUGGGAUGACACUAAAGCUGAUCAGAAUAUUGAAUUUAUGCCCACAAUUUUGGCUCGUUUUGAUAUGAUUUUCGUGAUUAAAGAUGAACACAAUGAAAGGAAAGACGCAACUUUAGCUAAACACGUUAUGGAUGUUCACAUGAAUGCUCAGACUACAAUCGAGGAUAAUGUUGAAGGUGAAUUAAGUUUGAACACUUUGAAAAAGUAUAUCAGUUAUUGUCGAGCAAAAUGUGGACCUCGUUUAUCUGGACCAGCGGCGAAAAAGCUUGUCGAUAGUUAUGUUGCCAUGAGAAAUGGUGGUGAUGAUCCUGAUGCAAGUCGACGAUCAACUAUUCCGAUUACUGUUCGUCAAUUGGAAGCCGUUGUUCGUAUUUCGGAAGCGUUAGCAAAAAUGGAAUUGAAACCUUUUGUUGAAGAUCGACACGUAGAAGAAGCCAAGAGACUUUUCAAAGUUUCGACUUUGAGAGCAGCAUCGACCGGAGAAUUGGCUGGUGCUGAAGGUUUCACCUCCGAUGAAGAUCAUCAAACUUUAGUUAAAGUUGAGAAACAAAUCAAAAAACGAUUCCCUGUCGGUACUCAAAUCUCCGAGGCAUCGAUUGUCCAAGAUUUGGUACAAAAAGAUAUCUCAGAGAAAGUUGUUCAUAAAGUCUUAAAUUGUAUGAUCAGACGAGGUGAAAUUUCGUACCGUGUAUCACGUAAAAUGUUAUUCAGACUCAAGUAAACACGUUGCUCCUCAUCCAAUUAA